UCUCCCGGUACUAACUCUCCGGGCUCGCGCACAUCCGCUCGCAGCAGCAGACCGUUCGCCCGGUGACCGGAAGCAGCCGUGAAGCCGUGGAUUAAACACAAGCCGACACCGGAGCGCGUGUGAAGCGGGACCGACCACCGACCCUCACGAGACGAGAGCAGGCUUUUGUGUCCCCCCCCUCACCUCCUCCUCUUCCUCUUCUCCCCCCCCCCUGAAGGCAGCGGCGGCACCGGGACUCUGUGCACGCGCGUCCCGACCAUGAAGCUGCCGUGGCUGCUCGCGCUCCCGGCGCUCCUCCUCGCGCACACCGCCGCGGGACAGACGUGGUCGCCAUCCAGCGAUGACGAAGGCUCGACGGGAGACGAGUUCUACGAUGAUGAGGAUCUUUACUCGGGCUCAGGCUCUGGCUUUCCUGAGGUCAGUGUGAGGCCGACCUCAGCGGGUGUGUCCUUCACCACAGAAGAGCCCCUCCUCCUCUCGACCACCCAGGCCACUAGCCCCGCCCCCUCCGCCUCACCUGCGGCCGAGCCCAGCCCCAGCCCCAGCCCCGAGGAGCCCACCGCCACCCAGCUGCCCACCGAGGCAGAUGGGGAGAGCGGUGCAUUCUGGGAGAGAGAGCUGGAGAAGGAGAAGGAGCUGGAGAUAGAGAGGCAGAAGGAACUGGAGAAGGCCAAGCAGCUGGAGAGGGAGCGAGAGAGGGAGAGAGAGAGGGAACGGGUCAGGGAGAUGGAGAGAGAGAAGGAGAGAGAGAGGGAGAGGGAGAGAGAACGUGAGAGGGAACGAGAGAAGGAGAGGGAGAGGCAGAGAGAGAGAGAGCUGGAGAGGGAGAGAGAGCUGGAGCGAAUCAGGGCUGCUGCUGCCGCCCAGACCACCGCCGCCCCAAAGACCCCCGCUGCCGUCCCCGUGGUGACCACCAUCCCCGCAACCACCUCCGCAGAAAGUGCAGCGCCCUCGGCUGGUUCUGAUGACGUGAGCACCACAGAAGAAGAAGAGGACGUCUACCUGUCCCCGGAGCCCACCUCCAUGUUCCCCGGCUUCGACAUGGAAACCACCACAGAGGAGGACACAACCACCACGGCAGAGACCACACCUGAGGCCACAACAGCUUCUCCCACCACCACCACCACCGUCAGAACCAGGGUCCCCUUCAGGCCCAGGGUUCCCAUGACAACAGCCACUCAGGUGAUGCCAACGGAGAGAACGACAAGUCCACAGCAGCCCUCAACCACACAGGAGAAUAACAAUGAGGUGGGAGCUGCAGGACCAAGUGGAGAUUUCGAGAUUCGCGAGGAUCGCCGGAACGAUCUCGGUCGAGGGAUUCUGCCGGUGGAUCCGGAUCUGAUCGGCAACACGGUGGACGCGGGAAGCUCUGCCGCGCAGCUGCCACAGAAGAACAUCUUGGAGAGAAAAGAGGUCUUGAUAGCCGUGAUAGUGGGAGGUGUGGUCGGCGCCUUGUUCGCCGCCUUCCUGGUGAUGCUGCUGGUGUACCGGAUGAAGAAGAAGGACGAGGGCAGCUACACGCUGGAGGAACCUAAACAGGCCACCGUCACCUACCAGAAACCAGACAAGCAGGAGGAGUUUUACGCAUAACACGCGUACGCCAGAGAGACCGCACACCGAGGGAGAGAGAAAGAUGGAGAGAGAGAGAAGAGAGAUACUCUCAGCGCCCCCACCUCCUUCUCCUCCUCCUCUUCUUUGUUGCUCCAACCUCAUCUGCUCGCCUCUCCUCAUCCCUCUCUCCUCUCGUCUCCAAAACACUUGAGAGCGCCUUUCUCUCUGCGGACUUGGAACUUUCUUUUCAAUGAAAAUGAAAAAGAGGACAAAAAAAUCCAAAUAUAUUCUGAAAAAAAAAACCCACAUACACACGAGAUGUUUUUAAAGUAAAUGUUGUUAUUAAUAUUCUACAGAUUCUCUUGUUCUGUAUGUAAUGAUAUGAUUAUUUUCUAAAAAAAAAAACUAAACAAAGCAAAACACAAGCGCUUAUCCUGUGUUUUCCAGCACACAAAAGUCCCCCUCUUCUGUUUUUAUGGAGCGACUGAAAGGCUUAAAGGAAAGAGGAGAGGAGAGGGGCGGAACGAGCUGAGGGAGACACAAAAGAGAGAGAAAACAGAGUGAUGGGCUCGACUCUGCCCCUCACCCCCUCACAAAUAACACUUAGAGCGUCUGGUUGGCCACACAGAGCCAAGGGUCAAAGGUGAGAGGAAAGGUCUCUUUUGUGCCUUCCGUCCCUCUGGUGCUCAAACACACACAGGCAUACAUCCACAUAAACACACGCUUACACGUACGCACAUGUACACACACAGACACACACACACACACACACACACUCGUAUCUGCUCGAAGGUGGCUCUGGCCUCUCUCUCUGUGCUCAGCCAACCAGAAAACGAUGCUCAACCCUUGGCGUGUUCCACAGCGUCGAGGAGCAACUGUGGAAACACCGGCUGGUGGCGUUGAGGCUCGCUCCACGGCCCAUCUGCUCCUCUCAGCUGUACAAAGAAUAGUUAUGGAUAGUAAUAAUCAAUAAUAUAUCAAUGUUUUGGGCUGGAUGGUGAACAAUAAUAAUACCGUAAUAAUAAUAAUUAUGAUAAUAAUAAUACUUCAACAGGAGGAUGUGUAUUUAGCAGUUUAAAAAAAAAAGUUUAUAUGUAAAUAUUGUAUCCUUUCUGACAUCACUAACCAUCUGCAUGACCAUGAAGAGUUUUUAUUCAUCACAUUCGUCAUCACUCUAGAUGAGCUGUGCUCUCGUCAACCACACACACACACACACACAC